CUCUCUCCCUCUCCCUCCCCUCCCUGGCCGAUCACACAGCCCUGGCCCCUUAUUUCCUCUGGAUUGUCCUGCUUCUUUCUCUCUCUCUGUAGACCACUCCAUUCCCUGGUGGCCUGGGGCAGACGGGGCACCCUGUCAAUGAGUCUGACUUUGCCCUUAAACUCAGAUGCAGGAGCCAUUGCCAGGAUAAAGUGCCACUACUCGCGCUUACAAAGGGGACCUAUCUCUUCUUCAUCCAUCCAUGUGGAUAAGGAUGUGAUUUUUGGGGAACCAGAUGGCAUCUCUAUGACCUGACAGCCACUUACUGGGGCACGGUGCGUUGGAAGGGUCAGCCUCUGAGCUACUAGGGUCUUGCUCCACAUCAAAGUGUACUUCUCACAAUGGGAUGAAGAUAGCUGGCCAUCUCUGGACGGGGAGACCCCCAUCAUAUCAACAUGCCGGAAGGAGCCCUGAAAGGAAGCAGAGUGCGACCAGGUGAAAAAGCUGCCCCCAGGCCUUCAUCUGUUAGUUCUCUGAGCGGAAUAGUAGCCGGGAUGUCUGGCAGCUGUACCUCCGUGAAUACCGUUUGUUCGGACAGCGAUCGUCCGGUUAGCCUCAGUUCCUCCACCUCAUCUGCCUCCUUGCAAGACAGCCACAGUUCCUUUGGAAGUAGCGGGACUCUUGGCUCCUCGCAGUACUGCAGCCCCCCAUAUCCCCAGCGGAAUGGCAGUGACAUUAGCCUUGAUCUUACCCCUGUGGCCCAGCUGGAGUGUGAACACAAGGGACUGCCCAAUGAAAGAGCCUUCCUGGGCUGUACAUGGUCUCCAAUUCUACGAAAAGCCAAGGAUCCAAAGGCCAAGCUUUCCCAUCUGGACAGAGUGGUGCUGGAGAUCUUGGAAACCGAGCAGGCCUAUGUCAGAGACCUCAAAAGCAUUGUAGAGGAUUAUUUGGGCUGCAUUAUAGACUGUGGUCAGCUCCCCCUCAAACCCGAGCAAGUCAGCACUUUAUUCUGCAACAUUGAAGAUAUUUAUGAAUUUAACAGUGAGCUGCUGGAGGAGCUGGAGAACUGCACUUCUGCACACAUGAUCGCCGAGUGCUUUGUUAUGAGGAGUGAAGAGUUUGACAUCUAUACCGUGUAUUGUAUGAAUUAUCCCAGCUCAGUCUCCGUCCUUCGGGAGUGCAUGAAGAAUGAGGAACUUGUUCAGUUUUUCAGAGAGCGGCAGGCGGUGUUAUCGCACUCCCUGCCCUUGGAGACAUAUCUCCUGAAACCUGUACAGCGUAUUAUGAAAUACCAUCUUCUCUUGCAGGAGCUGGCUAAGCACUUUGAUAAAAAUGCCCCUGGCUACGAGGUGGUGGAGGAAGCCAUUAUCACAAUGACUGCUGUUGCCUGGUACAUCAAUGAUAUGAAGAGGAAGCAGGAACAUGCUGUUAGACUUCAGGAAAUCCAAAGCAAGCUGGUGAACUGGCAAGGUCCAGACCUGAGUGGGUUUGGAGAACUUGUUCUGGAAGGGACAUUCCGAGUGCAGCGAGUCAAGAAAGAGCGAGCUUUUUUCUUAUUUACCAAAAUGUUGCUGAUCACCAAGAAAAGAAUGGACCUUUACAUCUAUAAAAUACAUAUCUUUUGCUGCAGCCUGGCCCUGACAGAGCAUCUGAAGGAUAAUUUAAGCUUCCGAGUCUCAGACUUGACCAUCCCGAAGCACCAGCAAAUCAUCCAGGCUAGAAAUCAGGAGGAGAAACGACUCUGGAUCUAUUAUAUAAAGCGUCUUAUUGUAGAAAACCACCCAGCAUCCAUCCCUCAGAAGGCUAAGCAAGUCCUGCUGGAAAACACAUUCCAAAAUUGUAUAGAUGUCCCAGUAACUUCAGACAGCCCUAAAUCCCCCUGGAUGGAGGAUCUUUGGACAUUUCACCGAAACAGGAGACAGUCUGAACCUCCUCAAUAUAUGUGUAGCCCAGGAAGAAUCAAGAAAUCAUUCACUCUUCAGAGUCUUGGCAGCAGCUCCCAACCAAGACGAGGCCGCAGAUUGUCUGAACCGGCCAAAGAACUCCAGGCUCAGUUUGAACACAGUGGUUUGUCACAGAUGAAGCAUGCAGGUAGUGAAGGAGAGCUUUUUCAAUCCACAACCUCUCUGCAGUCUGCUGACAGUAUAUGCACUCUGGAGUCCUGUAUCCUGGAAGAUACAGGUGAAGGUGAAGGUUGUGAGGAAAGUUUGGAGGACUCGUCCUUCUGUUUGCCAGACGAUGUUCUAUCUGGAAGCCUCUCCAUCACUGAUGAGAUAAUGGAGCUACUCAACCAGAGAGGUCUCCGGGCUGAUCCUAUAAGCAUUGAGCCUACAUCUACAGCCUCAGAAAAGGCAACUACAGAGGAUAGGGAGGAGGAGUCUACAGUCUGUGAAAUCAGUCAUCUGGAGUCUGUAGAGAGCCUUGGUGAGACUGAGAGGAUUGGUUUUACUUCCCUUGAUGAUACGCAGGAUGUUUUUUCCAGUGGUGACUUGGCAGUCUCUGACUUGGUGGAUGAGCUUAGGAAUCAAGAACAAUGUCCAGAGGUCCCUGAAGUUCCCUCAUGCAUUGGUUCUUCAGAUGAGGACUUGCAGGAGAAAGAAAACAAGGAAUCAAAUGAAGACAUAUUGGAAGAUCAAAAGAAAGAAGAGACUGGCCACAAUACCAGUAAAAAGGAUGCCUAUAAAAAAGAACAGGAUUCCGAGUGCCCUGGAGAAGGAACAUUUGUAUCUCCUGUACUCAAGGAGAAGGUUGAAGAACGGGGGGUGACUGUCAAAAAUGAUACAGAGAACCAUAAGCAAGCUCCAGAAAAAAAAGACAGAAGCACAAAAGCUAAGCGAGACUCAACUCUGACCCCAGAUGACCGGUUGCUGAUUGAAAGGAUCAAAAACUACUAUGAAACAGCAGAUGCAGGGGCAUCAUACCUCAGCAAAGAGGACAGCAUUUCCUACAUUCCCACUGGUGUAGUAAAAGACUCAAUCUUAAGAUUUAAUUAUAUAAUGCAGCAGGAGGUAAAGAAGGAUCGAGAAAAGGUAAUCUGCAGGACCAAUGGCCUUAUCCCAGAGGGCAGACAAGUAGGUUGUCAUAGGAAGCCCCCAUGUGUUGCAGCUAAAGAAACCGUAGUUGAUCAAGAAAAAAAGUCUUCCACAGAGCAAGAAUUGGAGUACAAGUCCUGUGCUGAAAUACGUAAAGCUUGGAAAGAAAAGGAAAAACCAAAUAUGCCAGAUACUGGACAGGUUUUGAAAAGAACUAAGUCUCAGAGGAAACAGCUGAUCGAAAAAGGCGGAGAAUUGGUUAUCGUCGAGGAGUCUGAUCUAGAACAUGCAGGUCAACUGCCAAAAGAGGUUUCUUUAAAGAAGGAAACAGGGAAAGAGAAGCAGAAAAAUAAUGUUGAAGAAAAUAUAGGCAAUCAGGAGGGUCAUGUUAAAACAGAACUCGCCAGCUUCACAAGUGACACCAAUAAAGCCACUUGCUGCCCUCCGGGUAUGAGCUUAUAUGAGACAGAUGACCUAUGCCUAAUUGAGAACUCAGAGAAAAUAAUUAAUAAGGUGCAGCUGCUUGCUAAAAUGUACGGUGAAAAAAUUGGCAGGAUGAAGACGCAGAAGAAGAAUGGAGAAUACAAAAGGACAACAACUCAGAACAAGGCAAUCAUGAAGACCCUUCCACAGGUUCUGGAAGAGCAAAUGGGCGAAAGACACAAAACAGAACCUCAGAUGUAUGGGCAUCUAACGAUCCGAGAAACUUUACUUCAUAUUAAUUGUAUUCAAGAAAAUGGACUUUCACUUCCUGCAGUUCGUGAGAAUUCUUCAGAUCUGAACAAAAUGGAGUCUCUAAUGGUUCAGCUACCAUUAAAGGAACAGGUGCCGCUCUCAAAGUCACCAGAUAUACAUCUAGCGGUCAUUGAACUAGAAGAAACAUUACCUGAAGAAACUAAGGAAAUGCAAGAUUCCUCUGUUAAUGCGUUCAGACCCAUAGAGGGACCACUAGUCAUUGAUGAUUUUGUUCCCGAACUGGUACCAGCACCUGUUUGUCUGCUAGAGCAUGUCACAGAAAAUGAAGUUUCUGAAUUGAAAUCUUGUCCUUCAGAACAUGAAAAUUUCACUGAAACUUGUGUUGAAUGUACAGACCGCGAAGAAACCAGUAUUUUAGAAAUGAAUGGAUCUGAAAAACUUAGGUUGUCAGAAGGCCAAAAGACAAUUCAUGGUGAACCAGAAAGUAAUACCACAGAAGAUCAGAAAUUAGAAGGAGCGGGGGAACUUGAAUUAAUAACAUCAAUUAAUUGUGAGAUAUAUCCUAAGGAACCCACUACAAUAUUAGGUGAAAGCUGUGAUAUGUACCAGAAGAAUGUUGAGGUCUCAAACAUAACAGAGCUUCCUGAUGUACCGGAAGUCAUUGCCCGUGAUAGGACACAAGAAUCAAACUUACCUGAGCCAAUAAAUAGUAAAUGUGCGACUGUACCACAUUGUAUAAGAAAAGAAAUGACCAAAUUCCAGUCACCCAUAGAAGUUCGGCAAAACGGCUCCCAUUCAAGCUCUGAUGACAAUUUUGUUGGCUCCCAUGAUACAUCUGGCAGCACACCAUCUGAAUCAAGGGUUCCAAGAAGCAGAGGUAUCUCCCCAGCUGUUAAGGAUGUCAUGCAAAGACUUCAGCUUGACUCUACAAUUUCGGUUCCGUCUCAGCAAAAUGCAAACAGUACAAAGAAAUUAAGUAUGGCAACUCGAUCCUCAUCCUUCAAGAGUAAUACUUCAACUGCCAAAGAAUUCCAAGGGAUGCUGCAGCCACAUAUUAAAAAACAGCAGAAAGUUGUGUCAAAUCCUGGCCUCUUCUCCCCAACAACUUUGCAAAGAAAAUUAUCAAGAGCAGUGGCCUUGUCCAAGAACAUUCCACAGUCUCAACCGUCAUUUACCAAGAGAAGUCCGAUGACAAAGGCUAGAAGUGCAGAAACAGAAACACAGCCUUCACUUACAAAGUUUCAAUGUUCUGUUCGUAGUCCAUCACCAUAUAGAAAUUCAUUAUAUUCUGGUCUACCUUUGAGUGAUACCAAACCUAAAGGCACUACAAACAAAGCAUGGGUGGAUAGCAAAAAGGAGGGAGACAUGAAUGAGUGUGAUUCCAAAAUGACACAAGAAGGUUCUCCCAAGCCAUUCCUUCGUCAUUCCGCCACUCAAAAGGCAAUCCCUGGGAAUAAAGUAUUAGAUGGGCCGGUCUGUAUAUACCCAGGUUCUGCUGUCCUUAUAGCAGUCCCUUGUCCUACAUCAAUGAAACAAACUCCAACAUCCACAGCUUCUGAACCAAAUUCACGGGUCCAAUCACCACUAACACUACGUUCUAGAAUGUUUUCUCCUCCCCCUAAUCAAAAUGCAACGGGUCCAAAGCCUUCCCGCAUACCCUCUUUCUCUGGCAGCAGAGCUUGUGCAUUUACUCCUCUUUCAUUUAGUAGCCUGGAGAGGUCUUCUUCUUCCUCAGCCAAUUCUACUCCAACUUGCACAAGUCCCCCUGCUCAACCAUGGUCGCCUGGAUUCUCAUUCCAUACUAGAAAACCUUGUGAAAACAAUGUACCCACUGUUGCAGACCAUUGUGUCAGCCCAAGUGCCUUUAGUCCAACAACUGCACCAAGCGAAGAAAGCAAAUUCUGGUGCGAAAACAAAUCACCCCCAUGUCUGGCUUCAGAAGAGGGUCCACUUAGCCCUGGGAUUGGUACUCAUGAGCUAACCAGUAUCCACUGGCCUGAUGUUCAGGAGCUGCGCACAAAGUAUGGACCCUUCAAGACGCAGAAAUCGAUCACUCAUGAAAAGAAGUAUGAUCUGAGGUCACCAAUUCCAUUUAGACAAUGCCAGUCCCUGGAUGAAGCACCAAAUUUAUUCUCCAAAAUUGCAUCUCCAUUAAUGUUAGCACCCUCACAUUCUCCAACCACAGAACAUAAUGAAACAGUAAAACCAUGUGAGAGUAUGGAGAAAUGGGACUGUGCUGACACAAAGGACAAAACCACUUUAAAGGCAAGUUACUCCACCACUGUUAACAUACAGAUUGGUGGUAGUGGUAGAAUAGCCUCUUUCAGCAAUGCUCAGGUGAGUCUUAUACACCCCUUGUUGCAAGCACCAGAAUAUCCCACCUCGCGGAAGAUCAACAUUAAUGGAAGCACCUUAGAAAAUAAAAUGAAUCUGUGAAUUGUAGGACAAAAUACGGACGAGAUGCAUAUGUCAAUGCCAACUUUCCAAACUAUGCUGUAAACUGAGGAUUUAAAGUUGAAAAAAAAAAACGAAUUCUCAGAACAGAACAAUAAUAUAUGCCAAAGAUAAGACACAGCAGUAUGUCCAAGUGCACUUUUUUCUAUGUAGAACUUGAUGACAAUGUGCCAAUAUGGCCAACACCAUGAUUGUUAGCCAAAAUUUCAGUAGUUAUAGGUUCAUUGAUAUUGCACUUACCAUGAACAAUUUGCACCAAAGACACAACAGUCAAUGUAUUUUUAAUGUAAGAUAUACUGAAAAAAAAAAAACAUAGUUUGAUCAACUGUAAAAAAAAAAAAAA